AUGAAAUCCCCAAUUCUCACCGAACCAGAAGACAUAGUUGAUUACAACAGAGACACCGUCCCUAACAAAGACAUAAUUCUUGGCGGCGAAAGAGUCAACAUUCCGUUCCCGUGUGAUUGCAUCAACGACGACUUUCUUGCUCAUAUUUUUAGUUACGAUGUUCAAACCGGAGACAUAUAUGCUUCUGUUGCUGGAUCCAACUAUGCUAAUUUAACCAAUGUUCAAUGGUUGAGAAACUUCAAUACUUAUCCGCCGAAUAGUAUUCCUGAUACUAGAACGUUGAAUGUUAUGAUUAAUUGUUCUUGUGGAGAUAAAGUGAUUGCUGCUAUGACUGUUGGAAAGGAUGUGUCGUCGUUGUUCACAGACAUGGUGAAUUUAAAUACAUUUGUGAAAGAUUCUCAAGAUCCAAAUCCUUUAAUUCGUGCCUUAGCUGUGCGGACAAUGGGGUGCAUUCGUGUGGAUAAAAUUACCGAGUAUUUGUGUGAUCCCCUUCAAAGAUGUCUAAAGGACGAUGAUCCAUAUGUUCGCAAGACAGCAGCCAUUUGUGUAGCAAAGCUCUAUGACAUUAAUGCAAAGUUGGUUGAGGACAGGGGAUUUUUGGAAUCGCUGAAGGAUUUGAUAUCUGAUAAUAAUCCAAUGGUUGUAGCUAAUGUUGUCGCGGCACUUGCUGAAAUUCAGGACAAUAGCAGUAGACCCAUCUUUGAGAUCACUAGCCAUACACUGUCAAAGCUCCUCACUGCGUUAAAUGAAUGUACAGAAUGGGGUCAAGUUUUUAUAUUGGAUGCUCUAUCUAGAUACAAGGCUGCUGAUGCGCGUGAGGCAGAGAACAUUGUAGAAAGAGUUACGCCACGGUUACAGCAUGCCAAUUGUGCAGUUGUACUAUCGGCUGUUAAGAUGAUCCUUCAACAAAUGGAGCUCAUCACCAGUACUGAUGUGGUCCGGAAUCUUUGCAAAAAGAUGGCCCCUCCUCUUGUGACAUUACUCUCAGCAGAACCUGAGAUACAAUUUGUUGCCCUGCGAAAUAUCAAUCUUAUUGUACAAAGAAGACCGACAAUUCUUGCACAUGAAAUUAAGGUGUUCUUCUGCAAAUACAAUGAUCCUGUCUAUGUGAAAAUGGAGAAAUUAGAAAUUAUGAUAAAGCUUGCUUCAGACCGAAAUAUGGACCAGGUUUUAUUGGAAUUUAAGGAAAUGCAUUAA